AGGAAUGAAAUCAAAAUGUCAAUCUGAUUUCAUGAAAAAAUCGCACGUGUACGUGUUGUUUGAGUUUUAAUAAUUUACAAAAUGACUGAAGAUAAACAUAGUACUGAAGAAGAAAGUCAAAGCUCUGAAGAUGAUGAAAAACCGGAAGAGGCUGUAGAAGCCGAGCCAGAGAAGCAGGACGAGGAAGAAGAAACUGUAACAUUUAAGGACUUGGGUAUUGUAGACGUGCUAUGCGAAGCGUGUCAAGAAUUAAAAUGGAAGAACCCAUCGAAAAUACAAAAAGAGUCAAUACCAGUAGCACUGCAAGGCAAAGAUAUCAUUGGUUUAGCAGAGACAGGGUCUGGUAAGACCGGGGCCUUUGCUCUUCCCAUCCUGCAGGCUCUUCUGGAGAGUCCUCAGAGGUACUUCGCACUUAUACUGACACCCACCAGAGAGUUGGCAUUCCAGAUAUCUGAACAAUUUGAAGCUUUGGGUGCAAGUAUCGGAGUGAAGUGUGCGGUGAUCGUGGGCGGCAUGGACAUGGUGGCGCAGUCCCUGGUGCUGGCCAAGAAGCCGCACAUCAUCAUCGCCACACCCGGCCGUCUCGUCGACCAUCUUGAGAAUACUAAAGGAUUUAACUUGAAAGCUUUGAAGUACUUGGUAAUGGACGAGGCAGACCGCAUCCUCAACAUGGACUUCGAGGUAGAAGUAGACAAGAUCCUCCGAGUCAUCCCGCGUGAGCGCCGCACCUAUCUCUUCUCUGCCACCAUGACUAAGAAGGUGCAGAAACUGCAGCGAGCCUCCCUGAGGGACCCCGUGAAGGUUGAGGUGUCGACCAAGUACCAGACGGUGGAGAAACUGCAACAGUGCUAUUUGUUCAUUCCUGUUAAGUAUAAGGACGUAUACCUAGUCCAUAUCCUGAACGAGAUGUCAGGAAGCUCCUUCAUCGUGUUCGUGUCGACCUGCGCCGGCGCGCUCCGCUGCGCGCUGCUGCUGAGGCACCUGGGCCUGGCCGCGGUGCCGCUGCACGGGCAGAUGUCGCAGAAUAAGAGACUGGCGGCGUUGAAUAAGUUUAAGAGUAAAGGGCGGUCGGUGUUGAUUUGCACGGAUGUCGCUUCUAGAGGCCUGGACAUCCCGCACGUGGACGUGGUGAUCAACCUGGACAUCCCGCUGCACAGCAAGGACUACAUCCACCGCGUGGGCCGCACGGCGCGCGCCGGCCGCGCGGGGAAGGCCAUCACUUUUGUGUCUCAGUACGACGUGGAGCUGUACCAGCGCAUCGAGCAGUUAAUCGGGAAACAACUGCCCCUCUACAAGACGGACGAGAGCGAGGUCAUGGUGCUUCAAGAGAGAGUAUCUGAAGCGCAGAGACUCACCAAGAUUGAAAUGAAAGAGCUAGAAGACAAGAAGAACUUCAAAGGCAAGAAGCGCGGCGCGGGGGGCGCGGACUCGGAGGACGACACGGAGGAGGCCGCGGGGGUGAGGCGCCGCAUCAAGGGGAAGGGGGGGCGCGGCGGCAAGCAACACAACCACGGCGGGAAGAGGAAGAAGCGAUAGAGUGAAGGUUGAGUUAAUAAAUAGAUGUUAAGAUGA